UGCUCAGCGUCGGCACAUCUGGCAGUAUUUUUGGACCUGCUAUCGAUGCCCUCAAUAGAUUCAGCAAGGGACUCCAAUUCCCCUGCAUGACGUACGCACCGGCGACGAUACAACCCACACCAGGCGUGGGUCAAUCAAUUACACGGCCGGAAAUGGCGAUCGCGGUCUGCCUCGUUCGAAGCACGACCUACGUCUCUCGAGUUCUAGUCCAACUCCUGCGCGAUAACACCUCAGGCUGCGCACGCCUCGCGCUAUUUUCCCCGGAUGACGCCCUCCGCUCUCCCACUGCCUUCUCGGCUCGUUCUGCGCCGCUACAUACGAGCACUAUCUACGCGUAUAGGCUGGCCCGGUGAU